UUAGGUGUGGCUUGUUGUUUAGAAGAAGAGGAUGUCUGGAAAAAGUUUCAAAAAGAGAGCUGAACACAAAGGUCCUGUAAUAGGGGAGUCCCUCUACCUGUGGGCAGGGAACCAGGUUGACUUACCUAAAGUUCAUGACUCCCUUCAAAAGAAGGAACUGACCUCAAGAGUUGAUGUGUACCAGCUUUCUACUGCUGACUGGUCCUCUCACCUAACAAGAGGUACUCCUCCAUUAGGAGUAAUGGCCUACUCCUGUACCACCUCUCAUUCUAAUAUUUAUUAUUUCGGUGGAUGGUGUGGUCAUGAUAUUUGUUACCACAAUACGUUGAAUGUACUGAAUACGAUAAAGAUGGAGUGGACUUCAUGCAGUAAUGCUGAACAGUCAUUGAUGAAGAAAUCUAAUGCUGGAAUGAUAUCACUGGAAUUUGAUGGAGCAGAAUACCUUGUCAUAAUAGGAGGGAAAGGUUCUACACCAACUGUUUACCAUCCUCAGUUUCUAUAUGAUCAACUUAAUAAUGGUCGUAUUCGUACUAACGAACAGUUACUUUAUAAUGUGUCCACUGGACAAUUCACUGUUCCAUCUGUCAGUGGACAGUGUUGUCCACCAACUGAUGCUUUCAUAAUUGAGAAGAUUACUACUACCGGUAACAGAGGAGUAAUGUUUGGAGGUGCAGUGACUGUUAAUGGUGAUGAGAGUACAAGUACUAACAGUGUUUACAUAUUCAGUGUGACACAUAGUAUAAUAAACUGGGAGAUACUGAAACCAGGAGCAAUACCUAAUGAGGGACUGUGGCCUAUUGAGAGAGAUGCUCAUGCUAGUGCUAUUAUCAAUGGUGAUUCUAUCUCACCUACACUAGUAGUGAUUGGUGGACGGGAUAAGAGAGAUCAACUAGUAAAUGGAGAGAGGUACCCACCAUCGAGUAUUAGAAGUUUGUUAAGUGGCAUUGGUAGGGAAUUAGCAGAUAAUAAAGUCCCUUUUAAUAUACUGGAUGGAAAUGACCUUCACUUUCAGGAUGAUCUCAAUCGUACUCUAGACACCAUCAACGGUGAGCUGCAUUGUGAUGGAGUAGGAGUCACAGUAAAGAAGGCAGAGGUUAUAUCGAAAGAACUGGAACAAUCCUGUUGGGAUGCCUUGAAAAGGUUUGUGUCUCUGAUAACUGGUUUAUCUGAAUAUACAAACCAUAGUCUUAGAGCAACAGCGGUUUCAAGGAUGUACAACAGUGGUGUACCUGAGAAAAUAAUUUCUGAUAAAUCUGGUCACAGAAGUCUUGAGGCUUUAAGAUUGUAUGAACGUCCUGAAGAAGAUUUGUACAAAGAAGCUGAGCAAGCCAUUGUUGAUCCUGACAAGAAAUUUCUAAAUGAUGUGAAGGUUAAGAGUGAAGAUAAAACAGAAGAAGCAGUGCCAUUGCCUCAGCUACCUGCCUUUUCUGGACUAAAUCAAUUUAAAGGUGAUGAUAGUAAUGAUAUUAUGAGCAGUGUAUUAGAAGAGAUGAGACAAGAACAGGAAAGGUUGAUUGAAGAGAAACAGAUUAUUACUGGUUAG